UUUCUGCAGGUGCUUGGCUGCACCAAACAGACCACUGAGGGCAGUUUCCAGAUCAUCAUGACAACUGUAGUCACCAUAUAAUACCACAGUUGUCAGUUGAAUAAGCGACUCUUGUCAUCUUAUAUGAUAACAACCUUCGGUGGAUCAUUUGCAGCCUCCUCUUGCUACCGCUUUGAAGUUUCAUCAUCCUUGUCAAGAUCUGGAAGUGCAGCUCAGGAUAUGGUAGUGCCCACAAAUCAGUAGUGGGAGGGUUGAAAUCUCUCCUUCCCCAUGUGCUAAGAAGAACAAUUAGAUGCAACGGACUCAGUAUUAGUAAUACUUCUGGAAUGGCAGAAGGCUACAAACAGGCCAAUAUUGUGAUUUUGCACAAGUCCCUGGCUGAUGACUUUGAGAAGUUCUGCCGUGCAAACGAUGGACCCCUGCCACUGCUGCACAGAAGUCAACCAGGUGACUGGAAAUGUCCUUCCCUGAGAAGUGAUUCUGAUAUCAGAACUGAUUGCCUACAGUACAGAAAAUAUGAGCAUGGAGCUUGUACUGGAUCACUGAAAAGCCUUAAGGAGUAUUCUGAACAACUCAAGGACAUGGUGACUUUUUAUUUAGGCUGCAGCUUCUCUUCUGAAAAAGCAAUCCAAAAAGCUGGCAUUCCUAUCAGAAACAUUGAGCAAAAAUGUAAUGCAAGCAUGUACAAAACAUCUGUGCCUUGCAACAGCAUUUCUAUGUUUCACUGCAACUUAGUAGUCACAAUGAGACCCAUUCCUGAAAGCAAGUUGGGAGCAGCUGUGUCAGCAACAUCUGGAUUAAUAGAAGCCCAUGGAGCACCAAUUCACAUAGGUGACCCCGGUCUGCUGGGAAUACAAGAUCUUUCUAAACCAGACUAUGGCGAUCCAGUUCACCUUCACCCUGGUGACAUUCCAGUGUUUUGGGCCUCAGGAGUAACAGGAGUAGAAGCAAUUAUCAACAGCCGAGCUCCGUUAGCUUUUACCAAUUCUCCUGACUGCACAUUCGUUACCGACCUAGAGAGAGGUACAGUCAGCUCCUCAGGAGGAGCCCCACAGGUCCACUGCAUCUCUCGAGAUCCUCUGCAUUUCAGCAUUGUGUCAGCAGAAGCAGCCCAAAAAAUAAAUACUCUGGAGACCCUAAUUGGAGUAGAUCCAGGGGAGCGGGGGAUCGGGCACCUGCGGCGGCAGGGGGAGCUGCUGGCGGCCAGCCUGGCCCUGUCGCGGGCGGGCUCGGUGCUGGUGACCACGGGCUUCCCCACGCACUACAGCCACCAGCCCCCCGAGGAGAACGACGGCCCCCCGGGGGCCCUGGCCAUCGCGGCCAUGCUGCAGGCCCUGCAGAAACGGGUUGCCAUGGUUACGGAUCGCAGAGCCAUGGAGCUGAAUACAAAGAUUAUUGAAGAAGCUGUUCAACUAGGAAUCCUGAAGAAGCCCAUCCCUCUAUUGAGUUAUCAAAGGGAAAAUGCCAAUUCAGCGUUAAUGUUUUUGUGUGAGAAUGGGAAUCCUGCAAGACCUAGAUUUGAUCACCUGGUAGCCAUAGAACGUGCUGGGAUGGCUGCUGAUGGCAAUUAUUACAAUGCCAGGAAAGUUAACAUUAAACAUCUCGUGGAUCCCAUAGAUGAGCUAUUUUUAGCUGCACAAAGCAUUCCAGGAAUCACAACAACAGGUGUUGGAGAUGGAGGAAAUGAAUUAGGAAUGGGCAAAGUCAAAGAUGCUGUGAAGAAGCACAUAAAAAAUGGAGAUGUUAUAGCUUGUGAUGUUGAAGCUGAUUUCACUGUUGUAGCUGGAGGAAAAGCUUCUGAAAGCACUGGUGCAGCUCGGGGUCCGCAGUGGCAAAACUGCCAGUCUGGAGAUGGAGGUGGAUGGGCUGCCCUUCCACAGCACCCACUCACUGAUGAUUGAAAAGCUGCUGCAGGAGGCACAGCACUGACUGCCCCUAGUGAUUUCUACAUGAAGAGAUGCUCCCAUGUCAUUUCCUCAUUUUUGAGGCUCUCUCAAGAUGUAAAAGAUCAGAAAAAGAUGGCUUUUCAUCUCUGGUGUCUUGACCACACACAGUCUUUCAUUGUUAUCCUUACAACAUCUCUGUGAAACAAGAGGAGGAUAUCAUCAUCCACUUGGCUUACCUUUCUUUUCUGUAAUUUUAUAAUGGAAAAUGGAAUUUUGUAAUUUUAUAAUGGAAAAUUAAUAUUAAAUGAUAUUAUACAAUAAGAGGUGAUCUGGCUUUUACAAAGAAAGCAUGAAAUUACAAUGAGAUAUUAUUGCACUGCUGUUCUUGUUUUACUAACCUCAUAACUGCAACAGGAAGUAACUUUCAUAGCAACCUGGAUUUAAAAAUACUUGUGGUGAGGAAAACAGCUACAGUAGAGAGAGAAGAUUCAAAACAAAACUGCAGUGUUUGAUAGUGAGAGCUCCACUGCACACUUCCUGUAGCCCCUCUCAAACACUGUGUUCUUAUUGUGGGGGAUAGUUUGUGGAAGUGUGAGGGGAGAAGGAGAAAAUUUUAACUGAACUAAUGAAAAUAAGGACAGCAUUGCAGAUCUUCUGUGUAGAGGGUUGGCUGUGUCAUUACCCCCUGUCAUAUUAGUAAUUUGCCACUUACAUAUUUUGCCACUUUAUGGAUAGUAGAGAAAAUGUGUAGACAUUUCAGAGUAUCCUGCUGUUACAAAGAAAUUAAUUGAAUACAAAAUAAUCAUUAGAAAUUAAAGCAUGAUUCUAAAUGAAUAAACAUUUGCAUUCAGCAUAACAUUAUGUAAAUAAACUUUUGCAUGAA